UUUAUCUUUACCGGGGAUUAUUCAAUAAAGCUUCAUACAAGAUACACUUACCGUGUCGAAUAUUUUAAAUUUCCCUUGUAUUAUCUGCAAGCCAAUACGAUUUCCUCCUCUCCAUCAUACACUUGGCCACCAUUUUGUUUAAUGUCGCACUGAUAACGCACUUUUCCGCGAUGUAGUACUGGAAAAUGAACAGAAUAAUUCCGGUUAAUAAUCGGAUUUUGACAUUUUUGAUCGUUUUGUGUUUUGUUACUUUGAUUUUCGGCAGCGCAACUUUUAACAGCUCCUUGAAAAGAAACAUCAAAAUGGUGCCAAGAAAAAGGUCAGUGAUAGAACUUCUUUUCACCUCAAAUGCCAGCUUUUUCGAUCCCGAUCUAGAAACAGGCAAAAACUUAUGCAGAUGGUUGAAAGGGCUGAAAUUUCAAAGAAAAAUUUGCCAACGAAGAAGAGGUUUACCGCUUAUUUUACAACAAACUAGAUUAUUGGCUUUGAAGUCGUGUGAAAACCAAUUUCAGUAUGAACAAUGGAAUUGUUCAUCAACGCACAUGAAAAAAAUUUUCAAAAGAUCUUACCGAGAGACUGCCUUUAUGUACAGUUUAGCUUCAUCAGCUUUGGGUUACAUUCUAGCUCAGGCUUGUGUUGACGGCAAACUAGCCAAUUGCAAGUGUACCAGUCAGCUGCAAAGUGAUAAUCCUAUUGAAGAAUGGGGCGGUUGUUCAGUGAACACAAAAAUUGCUUCAAGAUUUGUAGAGAAAUUUUUGUUGCUAAAAGACAAAGGGGACAAUCCUAGCGAUAUUAUGAAAUACAAUAGUCGCGUAGGAUUAAGGAUAAUGCAAAAUAAAACUGAAAAGUACUGUAAAUGUCAUGGUGUAUCAGGUGCUUGUACUCAUAAAAUUUGCUGGAUGCGAGUAAAGCCCUUUAGAACAGUAGCCGAAAAACUGAAACAACUCUACCAUAAUGCCAUUAAAGUGGAACCAGACAAUAGCAUCCACAACAUACGAGUUCGAAAAAAAAUGAAGCAAUUAGUUUAUUUAGAUCCUACACCAAAUUUUUGCGAUUCUCGCAAAAAUUUUGGAUUGUCCACCACCGGGAGGCAAUGUAAGGAUGUCGAUAAUUGCGCUACGUUGUGUUGUAGUAACGAUUAUAAAAUAUCGACUAGAAAGGUUCUGGAGAAAUGUAAUUGCAGCUGGAAGAAUGAUACGCAUACGAAGUAUCAGGUUGAGUUGAAGUGUGAUGAUUGUGCUAGGGAGGAGAUUUUGUACCAUUGUAAAUGAUAAAUUUUCCUGAAAAUUAUUUAAUUUGCUGGUAUCGAAUAUGAAAACUGCAAAUUAAUCAAAAAUAAUAUUGUGAUAUAUUCGUAACAAAUAUAAAUGUAUUAUGCUUUUCAAUUAUUAUUCAUAAAAUAAAGCUUCUGUGAUGUA